CCACAUCUUCUUCCCACUUUAAAGGAUGCCAAAUAUUAUCAUUCUUUUCUUGCAAACAAGGCUCAUUUCAGAAGGCUAUAUGUUUUUGAUGCAGAACACCACAAUUCAAUCUGUUGCAAAGAAUGUGGUUGUGAACACAGCACAAGCCGGGGAAAAUGUAGGCGAUGACAGUGGAUUUACAUUCCUUUACUGUAAUAUAACAGGUGCAAGCAACAGCACCACUGACCUUGGGCGUGCAUGGAAGCUAAGGCCUAGAGUCAUCUUUGCUUUCACAUACAUAAGUACCAUCAUCAACAGUGAAGGCUGGUCCACUGAUGAGCAUCCUGAGCGCAACCGGUAUCCAUCUGAGCUAACAUAUUGUUCUGAAAUUGCUAAAACUAAUGGUUUUAAUGAUUUGCAGACUGUACAUUAUGGAGAGUACAAGUGCAUGGGGCCGGGGGUUAGUUCCUCAGGUCGAGUUGGAUUUGCAAAAAUUCUGAGUGAGGUAGAGGCUAAACCUUUCAUGAGCAUGACUUAUAUCCAUGCAGGAAUUGGCUUCUACCACCUCCCAGAGUGUAGAAACUUUACAAAAGAAAAGAAAGAACGAUGUAAUGUAUUUUGCAAAUGGAGGUGAUUAGAUGUUUGUUUGUCCGUAAGAAAAUCAAACAACAAUCAAAAAGCCUAUUCUAGCAUUUCAUCAUU